ACGCCAUCCAUCGCAAGGGUACAAUAUAUGGCCAGACUUGUUAGACAUCUAAGAAAUACCCCGUGUCGUGUCGUGUGUAUCGCGAGGCCAAGAUCGAAAGCCGCUCUCAGACAUUGACGUCGAGCAAACCGAACCGCUGCACCCACUCCGUCCCACAAUACUGCGACGCGAUAGUCGUGCUUUAGGUUGUUCACGCGCAGUCACAUGAGCUGAACUAGAACCUUCUCCAGUCAGCCUGUUCUCGCCACUACCUGCAGUCUCGCAACUUGGUACGACGCCAUCCACCUCAGAAGCUGUUCACGCAGAGGUCGACAUGGCACCGCCGUCCGCUGUUCUGACUGACCUUUCAGCUCACCUGCUCGAGGUAGACGGAGACGCCACAAUUCCGCUGGACACAGACUUGCUCGAGAAAUGCGAGCUCUUCACGAGCACGCCGGAGUAUCGAGGCCAAGUAUGGAAAGAGACAAGACCGCUGUUCCUGCAAAUAGCAGCCUUGCUACCAAAAUUACAGCAGGAUCCGUCGGCACUGACCCAUUUCAUUACCAAGCUAGCUGAGCCAUAUCGGUUCGACGACAUCAAAGAUGUUGACUUUGAAGUUGGACUCGAUGUGCAGGCCACCCCAUUUCACAGUCUUAUACUUACAUUGCUCGAGAAGGCCACCGCGAGUAGCGUCGAUGCUCAGGCACUAGCAAACAGGCCUGGAGUCAUGUCGUCCAUCGUCCGUUUAUGGCUAUGCGCUCAAGAUGCUGGCGUAGCAACUCAGGCGGAGAAUCUGCUCACAGCACUGCUAAAGAUUUCGAAAAACGAGCCACUAUCAGCCGAGCCCGAAGCUCCACUUCACACAUAUGGCACUGGUCCCAUGUGGCGGCGGCUGUUUGGCGAUCGAGACAUCAUUUCUCUUUAUUACCAGUACACUUCGCCCAAGCAGCUCACUUCACCGCCACUGCCUCUUCUCAACCAGCGUGACAAGACCAUAGCGCAAGCCAGACUGUUGUCUUGGCUUCCUCGUGUGGGCGUCAUGGACUGGAACGCUGUCGUCUCCUCACAUGGUCUCGAUGUCGAGCGGGAAGCUGGGCUUCGCGAGGGUCAAGGCCUACUCCACUAUGCUGCGAUGAAGAUGGUGGAUACCGAGGACGACAUGCUCAUGCAUAUGACGCUCAUCCACUUCUUCAGCGCGUUGAUCACCUCCGUCAAGACAAAACCACAUCUCACACACUAUGAUUCAAGUCUUUCCUUAGAUUUUGUCAAGGAAGAAGGCAUCCACAAGGGCAUCAUCGACUUCCACACGUCAGACAGCCCAGGCAUCGAGCACUCUUUCCUGAGUACUCGCACGGCGCAGUAUAUCAGCGACUAUGCCUCCAAUUACCCCGAGAACUUUGAAAACAGCCCCGACUUAUCCGUCGUUCGGAACUACGUUCAUCGGAAUAUCCGCAAGUGUGAAGCUCGCGAUCUCAACAUCAUCGCUUCGAUGCCUCGAUCGACCCUCGUUCCUCGCCGGUCGUCAGGGUUGGUCUGGGAUGAUUGCGUGAUUCUGGACCUGCCCAUCACGAGGACGAAUCCAGAUGCGCUGAAGACGCUUGCAACUAUCUUCCACGGGCCACCAAAAGAAGAAAUCACUUAUCCCCAGGUCGAGACAGUUGGCACCGAGCCCAAGCGCACACUCACAGAAAGUGUCUUCGCACGUGUCCUAACCGCCCUUUUCUACGCCAAGAAACCUUCCAUGUUCUCUGACAUUGUCACACAUAUUGAAACAAUUGCGAUGCAGGAAAACGCUCUCGCAGCACUGGCCCUCGUGCGUGCUUUCAUCACCGCAUCCUGGUCUACCGAAUCGCUCCCAGACAUCAUCCCUGAAAAUGAUCCGACCUAUGCUCGGCUCAACAGCUUCCCCAGCUCGGGACUCGCGCUAAUACUAGAUCCGAGUAUCAGCGGGGGAGUGCUCCCUUCGUUGCUCAAGCCCGCCACCACAUACUCGAAUCUAGUGGGCGGACGAGGCGAUGCUGAGAACGCCGCGUACCAGGUUGCCAUGGCCAAAUUUGCUUUACUGAAUACGCUGGGGAAGAGGUUAGAAGAAGAGGGUGGACGACAGGAUGUGUUAGCUAUGGUAAGGAGGAGGGUAAGUGAGGGUCCUUGGGGCGUGAGUGGCGGCGUUGGGAGCAGGAUCGGGACUUUGGAGCUUUGAGCUUUGGAGCUCAGACUCGGACGAUUUUCUACAGCGAGCAGCUCAUGUAACAAACUGCAGAGACCAUCGUGCACUCGUGCGCGGAGUAGGUCAGACCUAGUUCCCAAGACAUUAGCCUUGCUAUCUGCACAUGUCUCGCACUUUUUGUAACGUAGAUAGCUGGCGACAUUAUGCGCAUACUGUUCACUACUCGGUGCUAUGCCCGGGCGAACGACCAAAUGGGCUAGCUAUGCAUCCUGUAUUGCCGCUCAAUAAACAAGUAUAACCAUUGCCUACCCUAUCCGGGUUAAGCGCUUUAGCGCAGUCGCGCCCUUCAUCAUAUUGCAACACACCGAGCAGUAUUGUGUCAGCCUGGUCUUCAUUUCUUUUGUAGGACAGCUUGAUGUCUG